AUGUCCUUCCGCCUGCUCACCACCUCGCGGCCCGCCGCCUUUGCGGGCGCUGCACUCACCACGGCGUUCUUCACCACCUCAACCGUAUAUGCCGACGAGGCCAUCACCCGCCCCGUUAAAAAAUCACUCUACGACCCCCCAGCCCCCGAGCCGUCGGUCUCCACCCCCGAGUCCCACACCCGCACCCCAACCCCCACCGACCGCCUCGCCGUGCACAUCGGCACCGCCCGCCGCUUCGUCACUGCCCACGCCGCCCUCGCACAGCGCGAGAUCGACUCCGCCUUCAGCAAGUACCUCUCAGUCGAGUCCACCGUCACCUCCACCAUCGCCUCGCUCGCGCCCCCGCGCUCCUCAGAGGAGAAGGUCGUGCCGGGGCUCCUCUAUGUUGCGGUGAGCACCAUGGCGGGGUCGAUCCUCGUAAGGAGGAGGAUGCUGCCCAUUAGGGUGGUGACACCGCUGGUGGUCGCCGUGGGCGCCGGAUGGUAUUUCAUGCCCGAGACGAGCAGGAAUGUGGGUGAUUUGGUGUGGGAGUGGGAGAAGAAGGUGCCGCAGGUGGCGGAGACGCACUUGGCGGUCAGGGAGGGUGUGGAGAAGAGUAUUAGGGAGAGUGCGAGGGUGUUGGUGGAGAGUAGGAAGGCGGUGGAUGGGGUUGUGACGGAUGCGAGGAGGACAGUGGAGGGGUGGGUGAAGAAGAGUGGCGGGGAUAACUAG